GGCAGAGACGCGACCAGCCAGGAAGGGGUUGUGACUGGCCCAGCCCAGCUGCAGCUCGAGGCGGAUCGUAGCAGAGGAGGAGGAGGAGGAGGAGGAGGGAGACGGCCUGGCUCGUUCGGCGUUGGCGGCUCGGAACGGCUGGGCUGCGAUUCCCCUCGCCCGGCCCGCGCAUACCUCCUCCCGACUCCGGCGACGCCCAUUGUGCGCUCGGUCCGGAUGUGCAACAGUUUCCCUGAAGUUGCGCCCUGAGCUAGCAGGCGGACGGGCGGGAGGUUCUUGAGCGAAAGGCUGGAAGGACGAGAGCAGCCGGGCUGGUAGGCAGCUCGCCCCGUGAGAAGAGCCAGAGAGGGCGUCCAUCCCUCCAUCCCUCCCCGGCUCUGCUGGCAGGAGAUGCUGGGAGACGCCGUCCUUUCUGUCCUCUCGGCGCUGCGGCUGCUCCCGUUAGCCUCUCUCUCUGGGCAGGAGCCGAGGAUGUCCUCCUGAAGGCCGGGAAAGGGAGAGGAAGGCUGGGCUUUGCUUCAGUAUGGGCGCCAAACAGACCAAGGGUUGCUCGCUGCCCGGCACCGCCGGUAGCGGUAGCAGCAGCGGCGGCAGCCCCCAGGGUCCCCUCUCCGCCAGCCGCCGACGGAUUUUGCCUUCUCGGGAGCGCGGAAACUUCUUGGCGUCCCUCGUAGUACGAUCGAGUGAAAAGUUUGGCAAGGGGGCUGGCGGCGGUAGCCUCCCCCCGUACCAUCGCCGGAUCGUCCUGAUCCAAGAUAUGCUGAGGAUGGUGAAACAAGGCAGGCACGAGGAGGCGACUGAUCUGCUGAAGCACCUGCGCCAGGAUUUGGGAAUGGAAUCAACUUCACUGGAUGAUGUCUUAUAUCGCUAUGCCAGCUUUAGAAACCUUGUUGACCCAAUCACCCAUGACCUGAUCAUCAGCCUUGCCAGAUACAUCCAUUGCCCUAAACCAGAGGGGGAUUCACUAGGGACUAUGGAGAAGCUCUGCAGGCAGCUGACCUACCACCUCAGCCCCCACUCUCAAUGGCGACGCCAGGGCAUGGUGAAGAGGAAGCCGCAGGCUUGUUUGAAAACUAUCUUGGUGGGGAAUCCUCUGGACAACACAGUGGACUUGUCUGGCAUCCCUUUGACCAUGAAGGAAUUAGACCGGGUUAUCUCAUACAUCCAGCACAGCUCUGAGUAUAUUGAAAAUGUGGAGCUUUGCUUCACUGAGCUGACAGAUGACCUGUUCCUCCAGCUUUUGCCAGUUCUCGGUGCCCUACCUCGUCUUGCAACUCUUUCCCUUAAUGGCAACAGGCUUACAAAAGCCAUCCUCCGGGACCUGACUGAAGCUUUGAAGGACACCAGAAACUUCCCCAGCAUGACUUGGAUUGAUCUGGGCAAUAAUGUGGACAUAUUCUCUCUGCCACAACCGUUUCUGGUUAGCCUUAAGAAACGAAGCCCUACCCAAAGCAAUCUCCCAACUAUUCUUGAAUUUGGUGAAAGUCAGGUGAGUGACCUUGAGAGCCAAGAAGGUCUUUCAUCACAGGAUGAGGACCAAAAUGAUGGUGGCCUGGAAGACAUUAAGACCAGGCAGGUAUGGACAGGUGAAGCUGUUGAGGUUAAGCUGCUGCCAAAUGAACCUACAAAUCAAGAACAGAUUUCUACCUGUUUGUUUCAGACAUGAAAUAAGUGUCUCUCAUUUGCCUAGGUUGUGCCAAAUGGAUCCUUUAUAACCACAAAGGAUCUUGGCUAGUUUAUGCUAAUGAAGCUAUCUUCUAAUAAAAACUUUUUAAUUCCUUAACUUGCAGGACCAAAAAAGGAAGGCCAAAUUACAAAGUUGGCCGCAAUUCACAUAUUAAUGAUCUGCUACAAUUUGAACCAUUAUAUAGAAUUAUACUGGAAAGGAUUUACGCCAAUUCCAGCUUCUUGCUCAGUGCAGUAUCCAAAUCAAAGCAUCUCUUUAAUUCCUGAAACCUUAUAGUUAUUACAGGGAUGAUUGCUAGUUGACUGUUGAAGGUAUAAAAAACACACAAAAAUGCAAUGCCACUAUUGAGCCUAUUUUUUUUCCAGGCAGGUUAAACACUUUAAAUACACUAAUUAGAAUUUUCAUAUUAGGUAUACCAGUACAAAUAAUUCUGUACUCAAGUUUUUACUUUCCAAAUGAAUUACUUUGAAUAGAAGCUUUAGGUGGGAAAAGUCCACGCUCGGAUAGAAACAAAAUUAAUCCCAUGGAUUAAACAGAAACAUGUUAAUCAACUCACCAAGUUUGAAUGUCUCACUGUAUAAUCACUGCCAAGAAGGUAACCAUCAUUACUGUACCUUCUGCAUUUCAUUCUCUCCCAACCAAUUUGUCUCCUGUUCUGAAUAAGCCAUGGAUGUGUACCUAUCUCAGGUUAUGCCAUGAAUCUGAUGAAUUUGGCUGUAAUCCAUGAGUUUUAUUUGCAAGGUCUUAAGGUGCUACAGGAUUGCUGGUCUUCAGAUGUAAUUUUUAUACAUCAAAAGCAGUGAGUCAGCAGGGCUGAAAAACUUGCACCUUCUGAACUCAAGCCCCCAGAAUGAAAUAAUUUGAAUACAAGACAGAUACUAUUCAUUGACAGAUGACAGAUUACAUUGGUUCAUAAAGCAAACAAAUCAGUAUAAAUGAAAAAGUCCCCAUUCCCUUGCUUUAAGAGUGUGAAUUGAUAAGAGUGUAAAUUGAUAAAGGGUUAGCAAGGCCUUGGCUUUAGGCACCAGGGGAUGAAAUUUGUUGCAAGUUGCUAUAAUUACACUUUGUGGAAAAAGUGUAGCUGCUUUCAGUUACUCUGGAUUUCAUCACUGUGCCGCAGAAGAGACAAUAGAAUCAAUUCAGCUUAAUAGUGUCAAUUUUUCCUGAUGUUCUUAGGUACCUGGAUUACAUAUUUAGGGGAGCUUUAGUCACCAACCCUUUGCAGCACUUGACUGUCAUGAAGUAAAUGCUGGCUUUAUUCUUUUGAGCUACCCAUGAAGAAUCUUGCCCAAAUUAACUAUCACGCCAAUCUCUUGUGUGAGCUUUCGACACUAUGGUUUUGGUAAAUCAAAAGCACUUCAUCCUGGCAGGUUUGAAGAGCAGCUGAACCUUUCAGACUGGGCUCAGAUUGUAAUUGCUAGGAUUAAUCUACUUUAGGGAGGAGGUGCAGCUCAUCAUGACCAAUUUUCAGAAUGUGUUUUUUCCCUUAAAACCUCACUGCUGUUGUGCCCAUUUUGAGUAUUUGUAUGUUUUCGGUAGUGUUAAUCUGGUACUUCAUAGAAAUCAGCAUCUCCAUAUUGUCCCUAGUUUGCAUGUAGCCAAAGUCUUUUAUAUGCUUUGUCAGAAAUAAAACUUGUUUGAAAGAUGGCUGUUUCUCCUUGGUGUAUUUGCAGGAAUGGGAGGCUAAAUCUUGUGCAACUGCUGAGCAGGGUUGGGCAGUCAUUACACUGAAUUAUGCAAGGAAGGUAGAUUUUGAGCAUCAUCAUUCCUGGAGUAUCAAGUUAUGCUGUCACUUCAACCCCAUUAAUCCAGAACACAAUAUGGAGGCUUGGUUAAAGUUUUCUUGGGUUUUUUUAAUGUCAAAUGAACAGCCUGAAUAUAAACAUAGGGAAGCUUUCUUAAAAGGGGGGAGAUAAAAUAAAAGUAUUAUUUUACUUUUUAUAUCCCUUAACUGCAAUGAUCAGGAAACUAGAAACUCACAUGAGAGAUGUAAAGCAACUCAAAAUCUGCAACUGGAACUAAUUCCUUCCACGGAGUUGGUCUUAAUAGUGCAAAAGACUUUUGCCCCCACCUACAGGAAACUAGUAGCCCAGCUCACAAUUCCAGGAAAAAAAUUAAGACAAUAAGCAUUAUUCAGUGCAUCUGUUUAUGAAGCAUAAUUACACUCUCAAGACAGGCAAUUGCUUAAGUGCAUUUGCUUAUACAAAAUUAACAUUUUGUGCGUGUCUUAAUAAAAACCCACUUGUGCCAGGUGGCAAUAUCCAAGUU